AUGUCUGUAUUGAAUGAGGGUGACGUUCUGACGAUUUGCGUGAACCUGGGUGUAUGGUGUACCGUUUCUGGUGUUGUUACUAUUGCUGUUGUUGUUCUUGUUGUUGUGCUAUCAGGCAGAGCACUGACCAUGCAGCCUACUCGCAGGGGCCUCUUCCCAGUGGCUCUGCGGCGAUGGUGCACGUUGCUGCUUAGCUUUCAGAGAAAGACGUCGUUGCUUUUGGAUAAUGCUCCUGUCGGUAGCCACGUUGUCUUAUGCUCUUCAGCAAGAUGGAUUUACCGCCGCUGUUAUGAGGCAGCUGUAUCUGGUGCCGAUGUUUCCUCCGGCCUCUCCUUUUAUUCUUCUCUUUCUACAGAGCAGGUAACGAAGCCUACCAGAACGAUGUCGGCGAGUGAUUGCAGGGGCGAGUCGGAGAUGCUUAAAGUUCUCCAGUCUCUUGGUAUGGAGCUGCCUACCAUCUCACAUGGGGAGAAGCACACCGUGGAGGAGGCAAAUAAGGAGUUGCAUCGCUUUGGAACACCGUGCAUUGGUACCAAGAAUAUGUUUUUGAGGAGUAAGAAGGACGAUUUGGUUCUUGUGACUGCACUCCACACCACCAAGACGAGCAUGAAAGUGAUACAGGAUGCAUUGUCGCUGAAGGAUCUUCGCUUCGCUGCGGAGGAGCUCUUGCAUACCCACCUGGGUGUUGUGCAGGGGGGUGUUACCCCUCUGGCACUCGUGAACGACGAAGCAAAGAACAUCAAGGUGGUGCUAGACAAGGCACUCAUGGAUAGUUCUGUCCCCAUCGUUUUACACCCGUGCCGCAAUGACAAGAGCUGUCUGAUAACACCCAAGCAGUUGGUGGAUUUUCUGGGAAAACUUGGGUACCCAUUUGUUGUGGUGGACUUUUUGACGGCCACCACUGGGACUGCGCCGUCGAGUGGCGCCGUGAGGGUCAAGACUUCUGCGUCCCAACGGGAGCCUACAAAAAAGGCUUCUCAGGCCGUAACAGCUACCCCCGGUACCGCAGGUGUGAAUGCUUCUGGUGACACAAAACUGGGUAUUAUGGUGAAACGUGAGGAAAACUUUUCACAGUGGUACAUUGAGGUGAUUACCAAGUCCGAGAUGAUUGAGUAUUACGAUGUCUCAGGAUGCUACAUCAUUCGUCCAUGGGCAUUCUUUAUCUGGAGCCGUAUCAAAAAAUUUCUUGGGUCUCGUAUCGAAAGUAUGGGGGUUGAGGAUUGCUACUUCCCUAUGUUUGUGACCAAAGCCUGCCUGGAGCGCGAGAAGGAUCACGUGGAAGGUUUUGCGCCGGAGGUGGCAUGGGUGACGAAGGCUGGUGACACAGACCUUGAGGUCCCUGUUGCUAUUCGUCCCACAAGCGAAACUGCCAUGUACCCCUACUAUGCAAAGUGGAUCCGGUCCCACCGUGACCUGCCACUGAGGUUGAAUAUGUGGAAUAACGUUAUCCGCUGGGAGUUUUCACAUCCCACACCGUUUAUUCGUACCAGGGAGUUCCUUUGGCAGGAGGGUCACUGCGCGUGGCAGACGGAGGAGGAGUGUUCUGAGGAGGUUCUCCAAAUCCUUGACCACUACGCUGCGGUCUACGAGGAAUUGCUGGCUGUUCCAGUGGUGAAGGGGAAGAAGACAGAGAAGGAGAAGUUUGCCGGUGGCUACUACACAACAACUGUGGAGGCGUACAUUGCAGCGGUGGGUCGCGGUUGCCAGGGUGCGACUAGCCACAACUUGGGUCAGAAUUUUGGUAAGAUGUUUAACAUCAGUUUUCAGGAUCCCGAGAAGAAUGAUGACUCGACGCUUAUUCCAUGGCAGAACUCGUGGGGUCUUUCUACCCGCGUUAUUGGUGUCAUGAUUAUGGUUCACGGUGACGACUCUGGUAUGGUGCUUCCUCCACGUGUUGCCUCGGUGCAGGUUGUCAUCAUUCCCGUGGGGAUUACAAAGAGCACGAAGGACGAGGAGCGAACAGCCCUGCUGGAGGGUUGCAAGACACUCGAAAAGGAGUUGGUGCGAGGCGGAAUCCGUGCCAAGGCGGAUCUUCGCGAUAACUACAGCCCUGGAUGGAGGUUUAAUCACUGGGAGGUGAAGGGUGUGCCAGUACGUGUAGAGCUUGGACCAAGAGAGUUGGCGUCGUCAAAGCUGUCACUCGUCUUGCGCCACGACGGCAGCCGUCGUACUCUCUCAUGGGACAAGGAGAUGCCAGUCGCAAUGACAUCGUUGAUGGACGAGAUCCACAGCAACAUGUUUGCAAAGGCUGCAAAAGAUCGUCAGGAUAACACGAAGAGAUUGACAGACUGGAGCGAAUUCACACCCGCGCUCAACAAGAAGUCUUUGGUGUUGGCUCCAUGGUGCGGCGAGAUGUCGUGUGAGGAUCAGGUGAAGAAGGACAGCGCGGAGGAGUCCAAGGCACUACAGAGCGAAGAUGCUAGGGAAGAUACACGUGCCCCGAGCAUGGGUGCGAAGACACUCUGCAUCCCAUUUGACCAGCCAGAGUCUGUCGAGGGCAAAACAUGUAUCUGCAAGGGUUGCACCAGCCCUGCAAAGCACUGGGUGCUCUUUGGUCGCAGUUACUAG